AUGAGAGGCAAGCUUGGUGUCACAGUUGCUGCAUUUGCGACGGCAUUUCUAAAUACGACACUUGCUCAAGACUCAACAUCAUCACAAGCGGAUGCGGAUACUACCACAAGUUAUUGUCCCGUUUACACGCUCACAGCUUCAGUUGAUGCCAGCGCACCUAUUAUCCCAAACAUCCACGAUCCGCAGGCAAUUAAUCCACAAGAUGUUUGUCCGGGGUAUACUGCAUCCAAUGUGAAGCGAACCUCUCACGGAUUGACGGCUUCUCUGUCAUUGGCUGGUGAUGCUUGCAAUGUUUAUGGAACGGAUAUAGAUUCCCUCAAUCUGACAGUGGAGUACCAAUCGAAAGAUCGUCUUCAUGUGGGGAUUGUCCCUACUUAUGUUGGACCUUCAAACAGCUCCUGGUUUAUCCUCCCAGAGUCACUUGUUGAGAAACCUUCUAUUGAUGCCGAUGCGGACUCUACCACCCUGGAUAGUGAUCUUAGCUUUUUAUGGAGUAAUGGUCCGACAUUCUCGUUCUCGAUAUUUCGUCAAUCUACAGGGGAUGUUCUUUUCUCCACCGUGGGUACUAAAUUGGUUUACGAGAACCAAUUUAUCGAGUUUGCUAGUUCUUUGCCAGAGAACUACAAUCUUUAUGGAUUAGGGGAGUCAAUCCAUGGGUUUCGUAUGGGUAAUAACUAUACACGAACUUUCUGGGCCGCCGACGUUGGUGAUAACAUCGAUGCGAAUAUUUAUGGCGAUCAUGGAAUAUAUCUCGAUACAAGAUAUUACGAGGUUGAUCCAGGUACGGGAAACAUGACCUAUGUCUCAAAUGUGACGAAUGCCACCGAAGAUUAUGUUUCUUACACUCAUGGUGUCUAUCAACGAAAUGCUCAUGGCCAAGAAGUCUUGAUGAAACCAUCAAACAUCACGUGGAGGACACUUGGUGGGAGUAUUGAUCUGUACUUCUAUGCUGGUCCAACACAAGAGAAAGUUACAAAGGCAUAUCAGAUGAGUGCUGUUGGGCUUCCAGCUAUGCAACAAUACUUUACAUUCGGAUAUCACCAAUGUCGAUGGGGCUACUCGAACUGGACUGAACUGGGCGAGGUUGUUGACAAUUUCGCAAAAUUUGGUCUUCCAUUAGAGACCAUUUGGUUGGAUAUUGAUUACAUGAAUCAAUACCGCGACUUUGAGGUUGACGAACGCAGGUUUGGGCAUUUUGAAGGAGCUGAAUUUCUCUCAAAGCUUCACGGAAAUGGACAGCAUAUUGUUCCAAUUGUGGACUCUGCAAUUUACAUUCCUAAUCCCGAAAACGCAACAGAUGCGUAUCCACCUUUCAGUCGUGGUAAUGAAACCGGCAGUUUUAUGCUGAAUCCUGAUGGUAGUUUGUAUGUAGGAAGUGUAUGGCCCGGUUACACGGUUUUCCCUGAUUGGAUUGGGUCCGUGUUGAAUGGCACAGGAGCACACAAAUGGUGGAUAGACGAACUUACAACAUGGCAUUCAAAUUUUUCCUUCGAUGGCAUUUGGAUUGACAUGAGUGAAGUUUCUUCUUUCUGUGUUGGCUCGUGCGGAAGCAACAAUCUCACUCUCAAUCCCGUUCAUCCACCAUUUCUCCUACCAGGCGAACCAGGAAAUGUCGAUUUCAACUACCCGGAAGGGUUUAAUCUCACUAAUUCUACUGAAGCGGCAUCUGCAUCUUCUGCCUCUGCCAGUCAAUCCUCAGCUUAUGCUACCUCAACAGCAACAACAUCAUCUUCCACGACUUAUAUCCGCACAACACCAACACCGGGUUCCCGCGAUAUAGUUUAUCCUCCAUACGCCAUUAACAAUUUCCAAGGAUCAUUGGAUGUCCAUGCAGUGUCACCAAAUGCAACGCAUCAUGGUGGGACUCAAGAAUAUGACUAUCAUAAUCUAUUCGGAACCCAAAUUUUAAACGCCACGUAUAACGCCCUCCGCAAUGUCUUCCCAACUAAACGUCCAUUUAUCAUCGGCCGUUCUACUUUUGCAGGGUCUGGUAAGUGGGCUGGACAUUGGGGAGGUGAUAAUUAUUCUCUAUGGGCCUACAUGUUUUUCUCUAUCCCACAAGCCCUAUCGUUUUCUUUAUUCGGAAUUCCCAUGUUCGGAGCAGAUACUUGUGGCUUCUCCGGCAAUAGUGACGAAGAGCUCUGCAAUCGCUGGAUGCAACUCUCCGCUUUCUUUCCAUUUUACCGAAAUCAUAAUACUUUGGCUGCCAAUCCACAAGAGCCAUACGUGUGGGCAUCCGUCAUCGAUGCCACUAAGGCUGCUACUACGAUCAGAUAUACACUUCUCCCAUAUAUCUAUACUACGUUCUACUUGGCACAUUCCACCGGCUCAACCGUGAUGCGGGCUCUUGCCUGGGAAUUCCCCAAUGAUCCCACCCUAGCUUCUGCAGAUCGACAGUUUCUACUCGGCCCAAACAUUCUGGUAACCCCUGUCUUGGAGCAAGGCGCUACCUCCGUCGAUGGUGUAUUCCCUGGAUCUGGAAAGGGGCAGGUCUGGUACGAUUGGUAUAACCAGUCUGCGAUUACCUCAUCCCCUGGUCAAAACAUUACAAUUGACGCACCACUCGGUCAUAUUCCAGUUUAUAUCCGUGGUGGUGCCAUUCUUCCAAUUCAGGAGCCUGCAUUGACGACUCGAGAAUGCAGAAAAAAUCCUUGGGGAUUGUUGGUUGCAUCCAACUUGGAAGGGAUGGCUAGUGGUGAACUGUAUCUGGAUGAUGGAGAAUCUGUAGUUCCUAAUGCUACUCUUUGGGUUGAUUUCUCGAUGACACAAAAUUCAUUAUACGCAUCAGGACGAGGUAGUUACGUCGAUAGUAACUCGCUUGCCAAUAUUACAAUCUUGGGUGUAUCGUCACCUGUUACCAAUGUUGAUUGGAAUGGUGCUAGUCUCACCAGCGGGUGGACAUAUAAUUCUACUAGCCAAGUCCUUGCUGUCAAGGGAUUGAGUAAUUCUACGAGUGAUGGAGCUUGGACGAGUGAUUGGGUGUUGAAAUGGGCUUGA